CCUCUCAUGAUCUCCCAUAAUUUUAUCAAAAUCAUCCAUCUACUUUUCCCUAGUCUUUCUACUUUGGUCGUUCACGAUGAAAGGAGGCAGCGUCGCGUUUCUCUUCGUUCUUCUCAUCUCCACCGCCACCUCCGUCUUCUGCUUCCGCGACGGUAUGUUACCAAACGGCGGAUUCGAGCGAGGACCAAAACCAUCGGACCUGAAAGGAACAGGAGUGAUAAACAAGAACGCGAUUCCAAACUGGGAGCUCUCUGGCUUCAUAGAAUACAUCAAGUCCGGUCAAAAACAAGGAGACAUGCUCCUCGUAGUCCCCGCCGGAAAGUUCGCAGUCCGGCUAGGCAACGAGGCAUCGAUCAAACAAAGAGUUAAUGUGACAAAAGGAAUGUACUACUCUCUCACUUUCAGUGCCGCAAGGACUUGUGCUCAAGACGAACGGCUCAACAUAUCCGUUGCACCUGACUCGGGCGUUAUUCCUAUUCAGACGCUGUACAGUAGCAACGGGUGGGACCUAUACGCUUGGGCGUUUCAGGCCCAGAGUGAUGUGGCUGAGAUCGUGAUUCAUAAUCCUGGCGAGGAAGAACAUCCUGCUUGUGGUCCACUCAUUGAUGGUGUAGCAAUCAAGGCUCUAUACCCUCCUAGACCUACCAAUAAGAAUAUAUUGAAAAACGGAGGAUUUGAAGAAGGUCCCUACAUAAUCCCAAAUGCAACAACCGGUGUUCUGAUUCCUCCCUUCAUAGAAGAUGACCACUCUCCUUUACCAGCAUGGAUUAUAGAAUCCCUCAAGGCCGUCAAAUACGUUGACGUGGAACACUUCUCGGUCCCACAAGGCCGUCGAGCCGUGGAACUGGUCGCGGGGAAAGAGAGCGCAAUCGCUCAGGUGGCUAGGACCAUUGUCGGGAAGAGUUACGUGCUUUCGUUUGCGGUUGGAGAUGCCAACAAUGCUUGCAAAGGCUCGAUGAUAGUCGAGGCGUUUGCCGGCAAAGACACUUUGAAGGUUGCUUAUGAGUCGAAAGGGAAAGGAGGUUUCAAACGUGCUGCUUUGCGGUUCGUGGCAGUUUCUAACCGCACUAGGGUUAUGUUUUACAGCACGUUUUACGCGAUGAGAAGUGAUGAUUUCUCGUCGCUGUGUGGUCCUGUGAUCGACGAUGUUAAGCUCCUCAGCGUUGGUAAACCCUGAAAUGGUUUAAUACCGAAAGAGUAGUUGUGGUCUUGUGGUGUAGGGUUUUUAUAUAAGACAGAAAGGUCAUGCUUAUCUAUUUUCUUGUAUGAGAAGACUGAUGAAGAAAUGUUGUCUUCUUUUUUUAUUACUACAUAUAUUGGGGAUUUACGAGAUUAAUAAAGGUGUAAUACAGAGAUACCCA